AUGAAUGAAUUAACGAAGACAAAAACUAAUAAGAUGAAAUUCGAAUGUUGCAACCGUCAACAGAACUCAAACGAAUUUAUAAUAUGCUCGCAAUGUUUGAAGAAAUAUCACUAUGCAUGUAUAGCAACGACUACUACUUUACAAUACAAAGAAGUUACUAAUGACUUUAAAGCGAACUGGCUGUGUCCUGAAUGCAAUCGUCCCAGAGCCGGCUUAGAUAACUCAAACACUCCUGUUCGAGCAGCAGCCACUCUUGCCAACGAUAAACACGACUCCUCUUUGAAUGUGACAGUUAGAAAUAAACAGAAAUUUACUAAGGCAUCUGACACCGACUCCUCGUUAACAUCCGCCGAUGUUCGACAAAUCAUUAUAGUCCAAGAGCUAGUGAACCCUGGGAGUAACGGUCUCCCUGUCUCUAUAGCGGUACUCGAAAACUACGAGUCUGAGGCGAGAAGAGAUUCAGGGCGUCGAAAAGAGAUUGGGCGUCGAAAAGAAGCGCGGGAGGGCGCCUGGUACGUAGGUGCUGCGGUCAUCGCAAUCGCAAUUGCGGUUGGAGUGGAGUUAUCCUACCGU